AUGCAUGAUAACCAACAACUGAGGGAAAAUAACAUUAGCAUAAAUAGCACAAACAUUAAAACCAUUAUGCAGGAUGAAGGCAUAACACUUACUACUAACCAUUUACAGGCAGUGAAAGCCUCAAACGAAUCAGAGGCAAAUAACAUUGUAAUAUUAAUGAAUAGAAAAGAUAAGAAUAAACAAGUGGCAAUGUCACUUUUAGUCAAAAUGGCAACUGAAGCAAGUGCAGCUGA